AUGGAGUUCUCAAGCAGGAACUUGCUAAAGGAAUUCAAGUUUGAGACGAAAGACAUCUUCCGAACUGGCCUACGUUCUGCUCGAAGAAGCAGCAAUGGCUACCUCCAACCUACGGAUUCUCCUUCGCUUUGGAACCGGGGGGACACCCGUGGUCCCGACGAAAACAACGCCGCCGGCGCCGACUCUUUCCUACAAAAAGAGGGUCAGUUCUCGCACCCCCGGCGUGGGCUAUCAGCGACGAAACCCCAGCAAACAAGUGAACAACUAUUAGUCAUUGUGGGUGCUGGUGCUGCGGGAGUAUAUGCUUCAAUAAGAGCAAAAGAAAUAGCUCCUCAUCUAAAUGUUCUGAUCAUUGAGAAGGGAAAGCCGUUAUCAAAGGUUAAAAUAUCUGGUGGGGGUAGGUGCAAUGUAACAAAUGGGCAUUUUCUUGAGAAAAUAAGGUUAGCAGAAAAUUAUCCGAGGGGUAGUAGAGAACUACGUGGAUCUUUCUUCAAUAUUCAUGGUCCGCAGGACACAAUGCAUUGGUUCUCUGAUCAUGGAGUUGAUCUUAAGACAGAAGAAGACGGAAGAGUUUUUCCUGUAAGCAAUAACUCAGCUUCUAUAGUAGAUUGCCUACUUAAUGAAGCAAACAAGAGAGGAGUGACAUUGCAGACUGGAAAAGUUGUUACAGAUGCUUCUGUCAGUGAUAAUGGGAAGUUUCUUUUGAAGGUUGAGAAACGUACAGUUGACUUGGUGGAGUAUACGGAGGCUGAUUAUUUAUUAGUUGCUUCUGGGAGUAACAAACAGGGUUAUGCAAUUGCUGUUCAUCUUGGGCAUUCUAUUGUAGACCCAGUCCCCAGCUUAUUCACUUUCAAAAUUGAUGAUACACGACUGACAAGUUUGUCUGGGGUUUCAUUUCCCAAAGUCAAAGCCAGACUGAAAUUGGACAAUGUUCACAGGAAUACCCCAGAGCUUACUCAGGUUGGGCCUAUGUUAAUUACUCAUUGGGGUCUUAGCGGUCCAGUGAUUCUUCGGUUAUCUGCUUGGGGAGCGCGUGAUUUAUUUAUUUCUAAUUAUAAAGGUAUGCUUUUUGUAGACUUUGCUCCUGAUAUUCAUAUAGAAGAAGUGAAACACAUUCUUUUUCAACAUAAGGAUGAUUUUGGGAAGCAGAAAGUAAACAAUUCAUUCCCGGUAGAGUUUGGAUUGGUGAAAAGAUUUUGGAGAUUUCUACUGGAGCAUGAGAGUUUAGAUGGGGAUAUGUUAUGGGCUUCUGUACCCAAUAAGCAUUUAAGUGCCAUAGCUCAGCAGGUGAAGCAAUGCCCAUUUAAAGUCAUAGGAAAGGGACAAUUCAAAGAUGAAUUUGUCACUGCUGGAGGUGUUCCACUCACAGAGAUCUCACUAAAUACAAUGGAGAGUAGGGUAAGGCCAAACCUGUUCUUUGCUGGAGAGGUACUAAAUAUUGAUGGAAUUACUGGUGGAUUCAACUUUCAGAACGCGUGGACUGGUGGACACAUUGCAGGGACAACUAUUGGUGAAUUUGCAUCAAAUUAUUGCCAAAAACUACAAGCUGGAGGAUGAUAGAGUUGAAGUCGGAAGUCAUCCAAUCAUAUUGACAUAGAAUGAUGCUAGUGGAAGAAAAUGAACUAGGAAAUAUGAUUGGAUGACUUCCUAGUUCAUUUUACUAUAUUUGUUACUCAUAUUACUAUAUGAGUAACAAUUUCCUAGUUCAUUUUCUUCCACUAGCAUCUCAUGGAUAUUUGUUACUCGUAUUACUAUAUUUACUGCUGCAACUAGUCUGAAAAUUGUUGUCCUGUCCAGCAUAAAAAUUUGCAAUGCAUUUUUUUCCUUUU